AUGGAGGAACCUUGGACAAAAUCACCUGAUGACGUCCUCCAACACUACUCGGUAGACCCUGCUCGCGGCCUUUCCACCGACCUCGCUGCGAAGCAUGCCCAACUCUACGGCAGGAACGAACUUCCCGAAGAGCCCCCAACACCGCUUUGGGAGUUGAUCCUCGAGCAGUUCAAGGACCAGCUCGUGCUCAUCCUUCUCGCGUCCGCCGUCGUCUCAUUUGUGCUGGCACUCUUUGAGGAGUCGGAUGGCUCAAGCUGGUGGGGUGCCUUCGUCGAGCCUCUGGUCAUUCUCCUCAUCUUGGUCGCCAAUGCGGCUGUCGGCGUAAUACAGGAGACGAACGCAGAACAGGCCAUCGAGGUGAGCGCUUUGAGCGGAGUAUCACCGGAUGAAGCCAAGGUCUACCGCGACGGCCAACUGGCUCGCAUUCAUGCCUCAGAGCUCGUCCCUGGAGACAUCAUCUCCGUCGCGGUGGGCGACAAGGUUCCUGCAGACUGUCGCUUACUGUCGAUUUCCUCCACUACUCUUCGCGUGGACCAGGCCAUCCUUACGGGCGAGAGCACCAGUAUCAACAAGAGCGUCGACGUUGUAGCUGACCCGAAGGCCGUCAAGCAAGAUAUGACAAAUAUGCUUUUUGCCGGCACGAGCAUGGUCAACGGCAAGGCAACAGCCAUCGUCGUCUUCACUGGCCAAAAGACUGCCAUUGGCGACAUUCACAAAUCCAUCACUUCGCAAAUCAGCGAGAAGACACCCCUGAAGCGCAAGCUCGACGACUUCGGCGACAUGCUCGCGAAGGUCAUCUCCGUUAUUUGCAUCCUCGUUUGGAUCGUGAACUUCAGGCACUUUUGGGACCCGUCGCACGGCUCUGCGCUGAAGGGCGCAGUGUACUACUUCAAGAUUGCCGUCGCGCUCGCCGUGGCUGCCAUCCCGGAAGGUCUGGCUGCUGUCAUCACGGCAUGUCUCGCACUGGGUACGAAGAAGAUGGCGCAGAAGAACGCCAUCGUGCGCAACCUGCCCAGUGUCGAGACCCUUGGCUGCACCAACGUCAUUUGCUCGGACAAGACUGGUACGCUAACGACGAACCAGAUGAGCGUUUCCAAGGCGAGUUCAUUCUUCGUUGUCGGGAGCGCUUCUGGCGGCCUCAGGGAAUAUUCUGUGGAAGGAACCACCUUCGCGCCUCACGGGUCGGUUAGGUCUGCUGAUGGCAAAGAGGCCUCUGCUGAACUUCGUUCGCUGCCGAUCCAGCUCCUGGCCGAGACCAGUGCUCUCUGCAACGACUCCAAGAUAGUCUAUCACACGGACAAGGGGACCUACACCAAUGUCGGCGAGCCAACUGAAGCCGCUCUGAAGGUCCUCGCGGAGAAGCUGCCUUGCCCCGACGGCGAGCUGACGAAGUCGUUGUCGGCUAUGGACCCAGCGUCGCGCGCCAGCGCAGUGAGCGACUUCUACGAGCGCGCCAUCCCGAAGGUCAUGACGUUCGAGUUCUCCCGCGACCGCAAGAUGAUGUCCGUGCUCGCCCGCAAAGAGGGGCAAGGCAUUCUCUACGCCAAGGGUGCGCCCGAGUCCAUCCUCGACCGCUCCGUAGCUGCGCUGGUGGGCGGGGACGUCGUGCCCCUGACCCCCGCCCUGCGCGCCGCGAUCCAGCAACAGACUCUCGCCUACGGCAAACAGGGCCUGCGCGCGCUCGGGCUCGCGUACGCCGCCAACCUCCCCCUCGACCCCGCGCGCUACCGCCCGGACAGCACCGGCGACUUCGAGAAGGACCUUGUGUUCGUGUCGCUCGUCGGCAUGCUCGACCCGCCGCGCCCCGAGGUCCCCGCUGCCGUCGCGAACUGCAAGGCCGCGGGAAUUCGUGUUAUCUGCAUCACGGGCGACAACAAGGGCACUGCGGAGACGAUCUGCAGGCAGGUGGGCAUCUUUGGGCCGGACGAGGACCUUACGGGCAAGAGCUAUACGGGCAGGGAGUUUGAUGAGCUGAGCGAGCAGGAGAAGCUGGCGGCGGUUAUGCGUGCUGGGCUGUUCUGCCGGACGGACCCGAGGCAUAAGAGCCAGCUCGUGGACCUCUUGCAGAGCCAGGGUCUGGUUGUGGCUAUGACUGGCGAUGGUGUGAACGAUGCACCCGCAUUGAAGAAGGCCGACAUUGGUGUCGCGAUGGGUAGCGGGACUGACGUUGCGAAGCUCGCUGCAGACAUGGUUCUCGCUGACUCUAACUUCGCUACGAUUGAGCUCGCGGUAGAGGAAGGCCGGUUGAUCUACAACAACACCAAGCAGUUCAUCCGAUACCUCAUCUCCUCGAACAUCGGCGAGGUCGUCAGUAUCUUCCUGACCGUCCUCCUCGGCAUGCCCGAGGCGUUGAUCCCCGUGCAGCUGCUCUGGGUCAACCUCGUCACCGAUAGUCUUCCCGCAACCGCCCUUGGCUUCAACCCCGCAGAUCACAGCAUUAUGCGUGUACCCCCGCGGGACAGCCGGGAGCGCCUUAUUGGGCCUUGGUUGUUCGCGCGGUACAUGAUCAUUGGUAUCUACGUCGGCGUCGCAACAGUCGCCGGCUACGCCUGGUGGUUCAUGUACUACGCACGCGGCCCACAGAUCACCUUCUCGCAACUGACGCACUUCCACCAGUGCUCUACACUGUUCCCCGAGAUCGGGUGCGAGAUGUUCACGAACGAGAUGUCGCACCGCGCGACGACGAUCAGCCUGUCUAUCCUGGUUACGAUCGAGAUGUUCAACGCGAUGAACUCGCUGUCCGAAAACGAGAGCCUGCUCCGGCUGCCGCUCUGGAAGAACCCCUUCCUCGUCGCCGCGAUCACGCUCAGCAUGCUCCUCCACGUCGCCAUCUUGUACAUCCCCUUCUUCACGACGCUGUUCGCGAUCACGCCGCUGAACUGGGUCGAAUGGAAGGCCGUGUUGUACUUUAGCGCACCCGUCAUCGCCAUCGACGAAGUACUAAAAUUGGUCACGACCACGUUUGUUGACCCUCCAGCGAAGGUCAAAGUGGACUAG